UUCUAAUUUAAAAAAAAAAUAGAGGGACGAGUUUUAGGCUAGGAGUUCAGUGGGUUUAGGGUUUAUUCCUUCGUUCCAUCUUUCCUCUGUUCUUCCUUGACUCAAUUGGUUGUUAACUGGUAAAAGUGAAGAGCGCUAAUGGAAGAUGCCGAUAACAACAACUGCGGCGGGGUAUCGGUCUCCCACAAUUUCGAGGGAAAGGUUUCCAUGGAAGCUAAGCUUAAGCAGCUCCUCCGAAACAUAACCUCCGUGGAAAAUCAGCUUUGUUUUGAAGCUUCAAAGGAGUUCAUCAAGUUGCUAAAGUCUGAAUCUGGUUCGGAAUUGAUUCGUUUGUACCUUGAAAACUCUCCUAAAUGUAUUGAGCUCUCGCAGACCUGGGACUCUCAGAAAGGCAAUCCUGGAUUUUCGUAUGUACUCAAUCUGAUUGCAGCUGUUCUUAGCCACCCUUUCGGAAGAUCCGAAAACAAUAUGCAGUUGUUGGAUAAGUUUGCGCGUUGGGUUGUGGAUGAGAAAAUGGAUGAUUUGUACAAGGAGUUGAACAGUAAAGAUGUGAAGAGCCAGAAUUCGACAUUGUCUUUGUUAUCUGCAAUUGUGAGGCGUGGUUCGUGGUUAGCCGGGAAGGUGGCAAAAGUAUUCGAUUUUAAUCUUCCACUUUUUCGGAAGCCAGCCAAGUGGAAACCAAGGAAAGGUGAUGUGAACAGGAAACAUCCUUCAACUAGGAAGGCUUUUGUAGAGUUUGCCAUGUCUUUCUUGGAAGUGGGCAAUGCCAGGUUAUUGAGGGAAGUGUUGCAACAGAAGGAUUUGUAUUUGGGGGUGCUUCGCGGGCUAGGAAAAGAUGAAGACGAUACAGUGAUUCUUGUGCUAUCAGUUUUGCGUGACCGUGUUCUGGUUCCCGAGUCAUUGGUGCCCCCUGGACUUAGGAGUGUACUUUUUGGUACUGUGACUUUGGAGCAACUGGUUAACAUUUCUGGUAGAGAUGAUGGAGGGGAAGCUGUGGAGCUAGCUCAUAGUGUCUUGCUAAUGGUUUGUACAGACCCUUUGAAUGGGUUGAUGCCAGAUCUGGAGAGGAUUCCUAGUCCUUUAAGAGGCAAUCCAAGACGACUAUUGGAUGUCAUGAAGAAGCUGAGAGCUACAGAAACAGAGUACCACAGAAACCUUCUACUGGCCAUUGUAAAAGCAAAGCCAUCUUUAGGCUCAGCAUACUUGGAUGCAUUCCCUUAUAACACUGAAGAUCCUGCAUCACCUAACUGGUUUGGUACCACUGUGUUGGCUGCAGAUCUCAUUUUCUCUGUCCAUGAUGGCUAUUCUUUUGGUUUUAUUGAUAUUAUGAAGCAAGAACCAAAAAGUAUUGAGUGUUAAUCUAAAUUGUAUGGAUUUGG